CCAUUCCUUUGCAACAUAUCCCCCAGGACCAAUAUACAUUUGUUCAGACGGACGAGGACGAUCCGCUGGCCGAUGAUUCCGAUUCUGAAGAGGAGCAAGUUCACGGACUGACCAAUGGCAUUGUCGAGGAAGUCGGUCGAUGGAGGAGCACCAAAACAGGCAAAAUCUUGGGCGAAGAUGGCAAAUUGGUCAAGUUUACCGUCAUUGGGUAAGCGCCAUCAAAUGCAAUCCUAUAUGACACAUGCUGAUCCUUUCUUUCCAUCCACAGAAUGCAAGUCAACAAUCAAGUCUUGUCUCUUACUGGAUCACUACUUGCCGAUCCUACUCGUCCACCCCCACCUCCAGCACCUGUCGCUCCACUUCGAGCGGUUUCCCCGUCUCCCUCACCUUCGCCGGAACCCCCCACAAAAGUCGCUCGCGUCCAACGGACCGAGACACAGAGAACAGACGGCCGUCAGAAGACGAAUGGCGGCGCACAGAGGAAACAACCUACGGCAUCGACGGACCAGGCAAACGAAGCGGAUCAAGUAGACGAUCGAUUCCUGAGUCAGCGAGAGCUGAAGAAGAAGCGUAAGGAAGAGGAGAAGCGGAAAAGAGAUGAAAGAAAGGCUCGAAAGGAGGAAAGAGUACUGGAAGAAGUCGCCGAAGCUGGGGACGAGGAGAUGGUGGGCAUGUCCGGGGUCCUCAACGAGGAAAACGUGGGGUCCAAACGGAAGGGCGGAGAAACAGGAGGUGAAGCGGCAGAGAGAAAAAAGACCAAAUACAGAUCAUGAGUCUCUGUUGUGACUCUCAGCCCGAUAUGAUGAUCCCUGGGGUCUUCGGCGUCAGUCCCGUGGACCCCUCAAUGAGAGUGAUGUACUUUCUGUCAAGUCGAGUGGCGUUCUGAUGCCGGUGUGAGGAUGCCCAUACCAGCCUUAUGCAUAGCCUUCACUGCGACCUUUGACGCUACUCUCGUCCUCAUAGUCCAUAAAUGAUGCUAUCGCGA